CCCAGCACAGUCACCGGGUCACCCAGGAGGUGGAGCCUCUGAAGGCCCGGGGAGCCUUUCCCGAGCAGCCACCUCCACGUCCACUGCAGGGCCUGGGCACUCGGCUCCUCUGCACACAGAGCCUUUCUCUUCGCUCUUUCUCUCCCUCAACCCCGAUUUGCCUUCUUUCCCCAGCCUUUGCACUUGCUCCUCCGCUGCACAGAAUCUUCGAUUUGACCGAGAGCCAUCAUAAUUAAGCACCCGGAUUUCCUAGGUGGACAGCUGACGCUAACGUCAUGGCCUCAGUGUGUCUCCAGCUCCUUGCUUUCGUCCUGGCCUUCUGUGGGGUCUCUGGAGUGCUGGCUGCCACCCUGCUGCCCAACUGGAUGGUGACGAUGGACACGGGCUCCAACGUCAUCACGGCCAUCGUCCAGCUCCAAGGGCUGUGGAUGGACUGCACGUGCUACAGCACCGGCAUGUUCAGCUGCACCUUCAAGUUCUCCGUUCUGACCCUCCCCACCCACGUGCAGGCUGCGCGCGCCACCAUGAUCCUGGCCUGCGUCCUGGCUGUUUCGGGGAUCUGCACUUCCACGGUGGGGAUGCAAUGCAUUCGCUUAGGAGGGGACAGAGAAAGCAAGAGCCACGCUUCCCUUGCUGGAGGCCUCUGCCUCAUGUCUGCGGGGAUCUCUGGUUUAAUACCCACAGUGUGGUACACAAAGGAGAUCGUCGCCAACUUUCUGGAUCUGACAGUUCCAGAAAGCAACAAGCAUGAGCCUGGAGGAGCCGUCUACAUCGGAUUCAUCGCGGCCUUGCUGCUGUUGAUCUCUGGCACGAUUUUCUGCCUGAAAAAGGACCCAGAGGCGUGGCUCCCGCCACCCAAGCAGCAGCACACCCCCACUGCCAAGCCGGAGGGCAGCUCAGCUUACAACCUGAAGGACUAUGUGUAAAGCAAUGUGUAAUCCACAUGGAAUUUUAGAUGCCUGCUGGGACUUUUGUCUUUAUUUUAGAUAUUUAUAUAUACAUAUAUAUAUACACACACACACACCAGGAUUAUGCUUAACUUUCUCCACAAAGAUUUUAAAUACUUUAAAAUUGGCAAGGUUAUUUAAAAUGCCAACAAACUCUCAUGUACAACUAUACCUGUUUUUUAAGAUUGUUCUUCACCUGUUUUCAUGGGUUAUCUAAAACUUUAUAAUUAGAAGAGAGACUGAUUAUAUUAAUAAGGCAAUUAAUUGAUAGCUUUUCUUCCUUUUUAAGAUAACCUGUUGAUACAUUUUCUGAAUUGGUACUUAACUGGGUUUUAUAGAAGAAUUAAAUUGCCAAGCGUGAGAAGCACCUGGCCUGGUGUGAAUCCAGGGACAGUCUGCGUUUACUGUCUGGGUGGCGACUCACAGGAACUUGCUUCUGUUUCCCAGUGGCACGGCACAGCGGCACAUUAGGGACAGAAGAGCUGUCCACCUCUUUCAGACGUCACCCAACCAGCCACCCCAACUCUCCAUCUAUUGGGAACUCCCUGUCCCUUUUUUCAUUUUAGAAAAGUAUCUACAUACAUCUGUGAGAACCGACAAGGUGACAUUCAAAGACGAGGCGGAACUAAAGGAAGAACACUGGGAAAGACCACCACAGCAAAGCAAAACCAGACCAAACUCCACCCUCUGGGGCUUCGGACAGUAAGUAAAGUGAGUGAUGACAGUAGUUUGUCUGAACAGGCUCCAGAAGGCCCUUGCCUGCUGCAGCUAGAGGCUUCUCCAGAUGAAGUCAUCCAGCCACAACUCACCCCAUCUCCUCUACUCUCUCACUGGUUAGUAUUUGGAUGACAAAGGCUAUUUUUAAGUUGUUAUUUCAUUCUCAAGCUUGACCCACAUUAAUAAAAACAUCGUUGUUCUCUCAUCGUUGAGCUGCUUCAAUGAGUUAAUGCAAUGCGCAAGUAAUUUUUAAAGUAUAAGGAAUGCUUUUAAAAGUAUAAGUUAAAUUAUCUUGAGUAUUUCAAAUAUUUUAACAAGAAAAUAAAAACUGAAUUUUUGAUAUGCAAAAAAAAACAUUGCAAUGGUUGUUCCUUAAUAACUUGUUAAUUCAAGCUCAGUCACUGCUCACAAGAUAAUGGUAAAUGGGGAAAAAGAACAUUUCUUCG